GAAAGAUUACUCUGCAUGAUUUAAAACGAUGUAAGCUGACAAAUGUGUUUUUUGAUACUUUUUUCAACGUUGAAAAAUACCUUGACCAUGAACAGAAGGAUCAGUUUUCUAUGUUGCGGGAUAGUGAAGGUGAAAGCCAAGAGGUCUCUGACUGGGAGAAGUACGCUGCUGAAGAGUACGAUAUCUUGGUAGCAGAAGAGGCAGCAAGUGACCAGUGGAAUGACGGGUAUGAAGCAGAACUGAAUCCUGUAGACCAUCAUAAGGCCAACGUCCUAAAGUAUCAAAUGGAAAAAAGACCAUUUUUUGAAAUGCCUUCCCACCUGGCAGAUGUAGACUUGGAUGAAUACGACUAUGAAGAGGACUUUGAGUAGUGGUUGCUUACGGAUGACACUUGCAGAAGAGAAGGGACAGUCUGCAGCAGGUCUGCUACAUACCUGUACGUUUCAGCGGGGUUUGUUUCCAAGAAGUCAGCUUAGUUUUGUGCUAAAAGUAUUUAAUCACUACACUACGUUUUAAAUAAAAGAAGCGCAUUUGUAUGGAAUGAUGAAACUUUUGUAUUUAUUCAAUAGUCUAUAGUUUGUAAAAUAGAUUAAAAUAUUUAUUUACAGAUGUUGCAUAAUUCCUUUUUGGAAGAAUAACAAUAUUUGACCUUAGAGGAAAUUAAUCUGCUGUUUUUAAGAGAACUGUGUAAAUAACUCGAAGUUGAUGUGUGGUGCACUGACAGUCUCCAUCCCACGGGAACAGGUAUUCCUGUCCUGGCAUGGGAGUUGCAGAGACAGUUGAUGCCUGGCCUGCGAUGCCGACACGCUCACAGACAGCCCUAGGGGGGGUUUUAUGCCUCGGCAAGGCAGAGGCGUGACUGUGAGCGCAAGGUUCAGCGCUCGCUCACAAGCAGUUUCGUUUGACGAGCUGAGCGUAUUAGUGCACAAGGAAAGCGAAUGCCUGAGACAAGUUGCUUCUCUUCUCUGUGUAGUCCUUGUUUGCCCCAACUUUAAUUCUGCUUGCCCUUUUAAACUUCAGUCUUUUCAUUGAUGUUCACUAUAAAAGGAUUAUUUAAUAAUGAAGUCUGUUUUAGUGUUCAUACUUGAUCCAAAAUGAGUGAGUGUGUUAAUUCAUGUAGAAGGAACCAAUUUUUUUUUUAAAUCCUUUGUGUAAAUGUUACUUGAGCAGUGAUGUGCACUAAUUUGUUGUGGGCAUUGAGUGCUUUUGUCUGUCCCCCCUUCAGUUGUUUGCUAUUGACACAUUCCAUGGAUAUUCAUCAGUGUCACAGCAGCUUGAAAUUGUUGCCUCACUCUUACUGUUAAACAGAUUUUGUUG